AUGGCGCUUACCUUCUUCACCGAGCCUUUCUACUCCCUCUCCGACUUCGACCGUCUCUUCGAUGAGGCGUUCAACGCCCGCGCGUUCUCACCAUCGCUCACACAGCGCGGCCAGAACGAGAACUCUGUGUCCAGGCCCCUCCGACCUAGGAUGGACCUGCACGAGGACAAGGAGAAGAACCUCGUGACAGCUACCUUCGAGCUUCCCGGCCUCACCAAGGAGAACGUCAGCAUCGACGUCCGGGAUAGCGUUCUCAACGUCUCCGGAGAGUCGAUCAUCUCCAGCGAGCACGACGAGCAGGGUUACGCUGUCCGCGAGCGGCGGUUCGGCAAGUUCUCCAGAUCGUUGCCAUUACCCCAGGGUAUCAAGCCCGAGGAGAUCAAGGCGACGAUGGAGAACGGUGUUCUGACGGUGACGUUCCCGCGGACGACACCUGAGCAGGCCCCGAAGAAGAUCACGAUCGCUUGA